UGUUUGUAUGUCAGAGAGAGAGGGAGACGUUGCUUGCCUGUCGAUGGGGUCGUGCUUUCAGUGGACUGCUGCAUUACUCUACGACGCAGUUUCUCGGCUCACCCUCCUCUCCCUCUCUCUCCCUCCUUUCCCUCUCUCUCCCUCCUCUCCCUCUCUCUUCCGCUCUCCCUCUCUCUCUCUCUCUCUCUCUCCAUCUCUCCAUAUCUCCGUUCACUCACACUGCUCGCAGCUCUCGCCCCUGCCAUAGUGUAUAUUUCUCUCUUCUCUCAUUGUGUUUCUUCGUCUCUCCCUCUCUCCCUCUCUCUUUCUCUCUCUCUCUCUCUCUCUUUCUCUCUCUCUCUCUCUCUCUCUCUCUCUCUCUCUCUCUCUCUCUCUCUCGUUCUCUGCCGUUCUCUCUCCACUCUCUCACUCCUCCCACCCCGCACUCAGUUAGGAUGCCAUCCACAAAUUUGAUGAACCAGCAAAGCUCUCGUCCUGGCUGGUGGCUUCCGAAGGAGACCCCACAUGAUCGGGCUCACAGGACAAGGAGGUGCCCAUUCUAAUGAGCUUGGUGGAGGCACUGGUCGGCUCUGAAUUACCGACCGCAUCCCCCCACGCGUUCCUCGUCUCCAUCAAGACAAAUAAUAAAAGGACUGUAAUCGCUCACAGCCGAGAGACUCACAGCGUGAAACCGACAGCCGUGCGCCGCCGCACGUGUCCCAGAUGGACCAGGAGAUCCCGCUGGUGCAGAGGAAGAUGUCUGACCUGGAGUCAGUGCUGCAGCAGAAGGACGUUGAGCUGAAGGCCUCGGAGACCCAGAGGAGCAUCCUGGAGCAGGACCUGGCCACCUACAUCACAGAGUGCAGUAGUCUGAAGCGCAGUCUGGAGCAGGCGCGCAUGGAGGUGUCCCAGGAGGACGACAAGGCCCUGCAGCUCCUUCACGACAUCCGGGAGCAGAGCAACAAGCUGCAGGAGAUCAAGGAGCAGGAGUACCAUGCCCAGCUGGAGGAAAUGCGCGUGGCCAUCAGACAGCUGGAGGAGGACCUGUCGGCUGCCCGUCGCCGUAGCGACCUGUACGAGGCGGAGCUGAAGGAGUCCAGGCAGAGCAGUGAUGAGCUGAAGAGGAAGGCGGCAGACUAUCAGCAGAGGAUGCAGAAGGCCAAGGAACAAGGCAAAUCAGACACUGAGGAGCUGAUUGGGAGGCUGGAAAAGACUAACACCGAACAGCAGACUAAGAUUCAAGAUCUCCAGGAUAAGUUGGCAAAGGCAGUGAAGGCCAGUGCAGAGUCCACUGACCAUCUUCAGAGCAUCCGAAGCUCCAAGGAGCGCAUGGAGCGAGAGCUGGAGAGGUUCCAGAACAAGGAGGACGCCAGCGACAGCCUCCGGAGACGACUUCGGGAGACGGAGGAUGGAAGGAAGACCUUGGAGAACCAGGUGAAAAGGCUGGAGAUUGUUGAACGCAAGGAGUGCAAGCUGAAGGAAGACAUCCAGAGCAAAGCCCAGCAGAUGCAGCAGAUGUCGGAGAGGAUUCAGGAGUUGGAGGAAAGCCUGCGAGAGAGCCAGUCCUCAGCCCAGCGUAUAGGGACUCAUCUUGAGCAAAAGGAAAAGCUGUUCGAGGACAAGACCAAGGUGCUGGAGGACCAGAUGAAGGUGGACAUGGCGGACAAGGAGAUGCUGAGGGCCGGUCAGAGCAAAUCCGAGGAGGAGUUGCGGGAGAAGUGUGGGGUGAUCAGCGACCAGCGGGCGACCAUCAACGCCAUGGAAUCAAAGACCAACAGUCUGGAGCAGAGGAUCUCUGAACUCUCUGAAGCCAACAAGCUAGCCGCCAACAGCAGCAUCUACACCCAGAAGAACAUGAAAGCCCAGGAGGAGAUGAUCUCGGAGCUGCGGCAGCAGAAGUUCUACCUGGAGUCCCAGGCGGGAAAGCUGGAGGCCCAGAACGCCAAGCUGGAGGAGCACCUGGAGAAGCUCAGCCAGCAGGAGCACAGCAGCAAGAGCCGGGGCCAGGAGCUGGAGACCCGGCUGAGGGAGAUGGGCCUGGAGCAUGAGGAGCAGAAGCUGGAGAUCAAGCAGCAGGUGUCUGAGCUGACCCUGUCGCUGCAGGAGCGUGAGUCCCAGCUCAGCGGGGUGCAGACGGCCCGUCGCUCGCUGGAGAGCCAGCUGAACCAGGCCAAGACGGAGCUGGAGGAGACCACUGCCGAGGCCGAGGAGGAGAUCACUGUGCUGCGGGCUCACCGGGACGAGAUCCAGCGCAAGUUUGAUGCCUUGAGAGACAGCUGCGCGGUGAUCACAGACCUGGAGGACCAGCUGACCACGCUGACCCAGGAGAACGCCGAGCUGAACCGGCAGAACUUCUACCUGUCCAAGCAGCUGGACGAGGCCACGGAGGAGAACGAGGAGCGCCUGCAGCUGGGCGAGGACGUGGACCGGCUGCGGCGCGAGGUGGCCGACCGCGAGAUGCACCUCAACAACCAGAAACUGAACGUGGAGACCCUGAAGACCACGUGCACCAUGAUGGAGGAGCAGGUGGUGGAGCUGGAGACCCUGAACGACGAGCUGAUGGAGAAGGAGCGACAGUGGGAGGCCUGGAGGGCCCAGCUGGAGGAGGAGAAGGGCCAGGCGGAGAGGAGGGGCCGGGACCUGCAGAGGCUGCUGGACACCGAGAAGCAGAACAGGCUGCGGGCGGACCAGCGCAGCACUGAGUCCAGGCAAGCAGUGGAGCAGGCUGUCAAGGAGCACAACGAGGAGAUCCUGGCCCUGCAGCAGGCCCUCAAAGACCAGAACCUCAAAGCAGAGAGCUUAUCCGACACGCUGAAUGACCUGGAGAAGAAGCAUGCCAUGCUGGAGAUGAACACUCGCAGUCUGCAGCAGAAGCUGGAGAGUGAGCGGGACGUGAAACAGAGGCUGGUGGACGAGCAAGCCAAGCUGCAGCAGCAGAUGGACGCCCAGAAGACCCACAUCUUCAGGCUGACCCAGGGGCUGCAGGAGACCCUGGAGCAGACCGACUUGCUGAAGACCGAGAGGACCGACCUGGAGUACCAGCUGGAGAACAUCCAGAUCCACCUGCAGGCCGUGUUCUCCCAUGAGAAGGUGAAGAUGGAGGGCACCAUCACGCAGCACAAGCUCAUCGACUUCCUGCAGUCCCGCGUGGACCGCGGCGGCUCCAAGAAGAAGAAGGGUCUGUUUGGCGGGCGUCGUCGUGAGGACCUCCUGGCUGCCAUGGCGGCCCAGUCCCAGUCCCAGGGGGGGGGCCCGGUGCCCAGCGGGCCCCCCGCCCAGGCCCAGCCGGUGCCCCUCCAGUACAGCGACAUCAAGGUGGCCCUGGAGAAGGAGCGCUCGCGCUCCUCCGACCUGGAGGACGCCAUGCAGAAGAUGAGGGCGGAGCUACGCUCACUCAGGGAGGAAGCGCUGCAGUACAAGGCCCUGGAGCACGGCGGCCCAGCGGCCCCGCCCUCCUCCCGCCACAUGGUGAUGUCCUCCAUGGUGAAGUCCCCUGAGCACCAGCCGGGCCCGAGCAGCAUGGCCCCCGCCAGCUCCGCCCGCCGCAAGGAGACGGCCACGCCUGAGGAGUACAGCCGUCGCAUGAAGGACAGCCAGCGCGAGCGGGAGCGGGACCGGGGCCACCACGCCACGCCCCACCACUUCUCCGUGGGGCUCAACAUGCGGGCCGCCAAGUGCACAGUGUGCCUGGACACUGUGCACUUCGGCCGCCAGGCCGCCACCUGCCUGGAAUGCCACGCCCUCUGCCAUCCCAAGUGCUCCCCGUGCCUGGCAGCCACAUGCGGCCUGCCCACGGACUGCGCCAUGCACCUGACUGACGGCCUGGGCCGGGACAAGGGCAGCUCCCCCGGACAACUGCAGGGCAAAGAGGCCGGGGUACACGUGCACCUGGAGGGCUGGAUGAAGCAGCCCAGGAGCGGGAAGCGGGGGCAGGGCUGGGAGAAGAAGUUCUCCAUCCUGGACGGCACCAAAGUAUCCGUGUACGAGGUGGAACCCAGAGAAGAGCCGGUCAAGCCCCUGGAGGAGUUUGAGCUGUGCCCCUCUGACGGGGAGGUGAUGGUGCACGGGGCUGUAGGGGCCGCAGAGCUGCCAAACAUCGGAAAGUCAGAUGUCCCCUACGUGCUGAAGCUGGAGUCCUUCUCCCACUCCCCGUGCUGGAUGGGUCAGAGCCUGUACUUCAUGGCCCCCAGCUUCCCGGAGAAGCAGCGCUGGGUGGCGGUGCUGGAGUCGGUGGUGGCGGCGGGCCGCAGCUCCAGGGAGAAAGCGGAGGCCGACGCAGCUGUGGUUUCCAGGAGACUAAGAGCUCUGACUCCCCUCCAGAAGCUGUUGGGCAACUCUCUGCUGAAGCUGGAGGGAGAUGACCGGCUGGACAUCAACUGCACGCUGCCUCUCACUGAUCAGAUCGUGCUGGUGGGCUCUGAGGAGGGACUCUACGCCCUGAACGUCAUCAAGAACUCCCUGACCCACGUCCCGGGGCUGGGCUCCGUGUUCCAGAUCCACAUCAUCAAGGAGCAGGAGAAGCUGCUCAUGAUCGUUGGGGAUGAGAGAGCUCUCUGUCUGGUGGAGAUCAAGAGAGUGAAGCAGUCUCUGUCCCAGUCCCACCUGCCCAGCCAAUCAGACCUGGCGCCCUACAUCUUUGAGACGGUCAAGGGCUGCCACCUGUUCGCAGCCGGACGAAUUGACAACGGCCCGUGUAUAUGUGCUGCCAUGCCCAGCAAAAUCACUAUCCUACGCUACAACGAAAAUCUCAACAAGUUCUGCAUCCGUAAGGAGAUCGAGACCCUUGAGCCCUGCAGCUGCAUCCACCUGACCAGCUACAGCGCCAUCAUCGGCACCAACAAGUUCUACGAGAUUGAGAUGAAGCAGUUUGCGCUGGAGGAGUUCCUGGAUAAGAACGACACCUCGCUGGCCGGCGCCAUGUUCUCCGCCUCCUCCCACUGCUUCCCCAUCGCCAUCAUGCAAGUGGCCAACAGCAUGCAGAAGGAGGAGUACCUGCUCUGUUUCCAUGAGUUCGGGGUGUUUGUGGACGCGUACGGGAGGAGGAGUCGCACCGACGACAUCAGGUGGAGCCGCCUCCCUCUGGCCUUCGCCUACAGAGAGCCCUCCAACUCCCUGGACGUGAUAGAGGUCCAGGUCCACGCCUCCCUGGGGCCGCUGGUGCUGGCCCACCUGGACAUCCCCAACCCCCGCUACCUGGGCCCAGCCAUCUCCUCUGGGGCCAUCUACCUGGCCUCCACCUACCAGAACAAGCUGAGGGUCAUCUGCUGCAAGGGCAGCCUGAUCCGGGAGUCCGGGGAACAGAGGAGCACGUCCAGCCGCGGCAGUCCCAGCAAGCGCGGCCCCCCCACCUACACAGAGCACAUCACCAAGCGCCUGGCGUCGGGCCCCGGAAGCCACGAGGGCCUCCACCGCGAGCCCAGCACGCCGCACCGCUACCGGGAGGGCCGGACCGAGUUCCGGCGGGACAAGUCCCCGGCGCGGCCCCUGGAGCGGGAGAAGUCCCCGGGCCGGGUGCACGACGGCCGCAGGGAGCGCUCCCCCAGCCGUUUCGGGGAGAGCGGCCGGCUGCACUCCAGCUCCGUCCGCACCCAGCUCACGCCCGUCAACAAGGUGUGGGAUCAGUCAUCUGUGUGACCCCGUCUCCCUGUUUGUCGCUUCUGAUUGGAUGCUGAGGAGAACAGCAUCUUAACUCCCUCUGCGUCCACACACCACGGAGCGUGGGACCCGCCGGCUGUACAUAGCGCCCAUCCCAGCUCCUCGUUCCACCACACAAGACACUUGCAAUGGAAGAUCUGUACUUGGUUAUAACAGCCAUCGGAUGCGUGUGUAUAGGAUACGUGUGUUCAAUGCAGGAUUUCGGGGCAGCAGAUCAAAACGGACACGCACGCGCGCACACACACACACACACACACACACACACACACACACACACACACACACACACACACACACACACACACACACACACACACACACACACACACACAAACUGUAAAUAGUUGUUUACGUUUUUAUAUACCAAAGGGAAGAGAAGGCUGGUGAAGCCGUGUCUAUUUUUUUUUAAAGAAAUGCAUUUCUAACAAUGUUGCAGGGAGAUUAAUUGUGUCACUGGGAGAAAAAUCUAUCAUCAACUUUCAAUUAUAAUCUGAAGAAAAUGAAUCGGCUUUCUCUGUUCAGGUAAACGCACCUGUAGUGAAUGCUUUGAACGGUUGAACAGGACAGCACUUCGCACACAAGGUGGAAUUGAAAUAGGAUUCAACGACUCACGGGCGUGGGAACUCUGGUUGUGACGGACCUUAAUUGGACGCUUAAUUAACCAACAUAGGGCCUAAUUCAAUGACGAUUGUUGCUACAAAGCUUCCUUUUGUUUGUUGUGGUGACCCUAUGGUUACAUUCAAUAUGAAGCAAACGGCACCAGGCUUGGUCGUGAACCAAGACUUCCUAAGCGGGCUCAGUCACAAAGCAACUCCGUCACCGACCCUCUUUCUCCGUGCCUGACGCUGGUUGUUGUACAGACGUCUUUGCGCUCGGUUAGUUUACAAUAAGUUUUUUUGUUCGUUUCUUUACUCCUGUGCAGUAAACUAUGAUGCAAUAGUUGUAAAAACCGCAGGGCACACGGCCGUCACUUAGGUGUAUCGCUUCCUCUGAUGGAGUGUUGCCAGAUUGGGCCAGUUGUCCAGCCCAAUCUUGCAACACCGCUCUGGGGGCCAGCAGGUGAGUCCCCCGUGUGUCGCGUCAAGGAGCAUGAGCUUUCUGGAGCGGCAGCCUCUUCUCUUGGUUGUGCUUUUCUUGUCAUGUGGCCGAUUGAAUUUACAUUUGAUUCUGUAUUCAUUGAUGUGAGACGAUAACUAAACAUUUUUUGUCUCGAUUUUAAAAAACAUGUAAAAAGGUGCAGAAAAUUAAACAUGACUUGGUCUAGCGAUAACAGUGGCCCUGUGUACAUCAUGGGAUGCAGAGUAUGUGGUUGUUUUUGUGUGAAGGCUUGGCAAAACAACCCGGGUAAUGUCUAUUUUAUUGUUGUUCUUCAAACUACAACAAUGUUAUGCUCCAAGUAAUUCAACAAAAAUCAAAAGAUUCAGACAUAACAAGUAGCAAUUGUUGCAGGAAAACGCUAUGUACAGCUUCAAAACUCUAGACAGGGCAGGGGAAAGACUGAAAGUGCUUAUCGUCAACAAAAAAGGGGAAAACAGAGAAAGUAUAGGAAAUCAUCAUCCCUUUGGGAGAAACUAAUAAAACUGCUUGCCAGAUUGGUCGGAAAAUCGGGCCCAAUCUGGCAACACUGCUUGGCACUGGUCUCUAAUAAGAGACGGUCAACUCAAAUAUUCACGCAAACUCGCUUCAAAGUCACUUUAUUCUCGGGUUAACUGCUUGUUCACAAAGCACCCAAUGAAAUGUCUGUGUCCAAGACCAACAACCAGAUCCGCAGAUACCUUUUUCCAAUUUAGAACCCCCUUAUUGCAACAAAUAGGGGUACGGAAUGGCCUUGUGGUGACACUGUUUUUGCCUCUACUCAGAAGAGUUCUUUCUCGUACAUCCACUCAAGACGUUGUCAAGGGGGCGAACUGAAUGAAGGUUUUCAGAUUUCCCAUUCCUGGUGUGUUUCCAAAGUGUGCAGGGACCCCCCACCAUGCAUGUGUAAUGGUGUGUGUAUUCGUGCGAUGGUGAGGUGGGGGACUGACAUGAUUAGGUUUGAAGCUGCCAAAGCCUUUACAACAUUUGUGAGCAGUGAGGGGGACGACGUCGACGACACCUGCAUGAUCUGGUCUCCCUCCCAGCAUAACACUUGAUUGUUUUGAAGGGUGACCAAACAUGGACACCCUCCAUCAUGAUUGCAGGACUCUAAAUCGACGUUCGGAUUGUAUUUGUACAAUUCUUUCACAUGUGUUUUGAUAAACGUCACAAAUAGAGAUGUGAGAUGUCCAUUCACAGCCUGCAGAACAGGAGGGAAGAGGGAAAAGGGAAGAGGGAAACCAAGUAAACAUUGAGCCUUUCUGACAAGGCUCCAGUAACCCUGACAGGGUUAUAACUGGAGUGAUCGUCUUACCCUUAGCAGCAACGCACACACACACACACGCACAACCACACAGCGCAAGAGAUGAUUAAUGAUUCGGCCGAGCUUGUCCAACCCAAAGAUACGGAAAAGGACCAUCAAGGCUGUUCUCAACACGGCAAAUUGUCGCCAAAGAACUACUAAAUGUGAAUCGAUGUUUGGACUUUUUGUCAUGUGAAGGAGGCUAUACUUGUGUGUACAAAAUAGAGGUAGUGUUUGUAUGUGGAUGUCCUAAUGGAGCCCUGCGUAAGACUACGGCCGAGGGGAAGGAAGGUUUGGUUGUUUAAGGUGCAGGCUGCUGGCUUUACUUGCUGCAUACCACUUUUGGGGUGUUUAUUUUCUCACCAGCAUUUCAAAGCAUAUCAUGAGCUACGCCUGUGUGUGUGUGUGUGUGUGUGUGUCACUUCCACAGGUAGGUUUGGAUUGUUAGAAUUUUCGCAGACUGUCCUUGAGCUGAGAAGGGUCUGGUAUUGGACUCACUCAUGACUGUAUAUCUCUCAUAUACUCUCCAUAAAUAUUCAGUCUACAUGUGUUGUGCCUGCACUAUGGCCGAAUUCAGAUGACCAUACCAAACUGUGCCUGAUGGUCAGUUCUAGAUGGAAUACAGAUGCGAUUAUUCCAUCUGUUGGCCUCGGC